GUUGGCUUUCUAUUGACGAAGCAGAGCGGAAUAUGAUGUAGUCGAUGUUAAAAAGCGAUUGGCCUCGAUCAGGUUCAGGCCAGAAGUCACAAGCUGUGAACUACAGGGUCACCAUAGUACUGCACCCCCUGGCGUGAAAGAAAUCUAGAUCUCUCCAGAAGAGAGUCGGUUUUGCUGAGCGUACGACGUGCUGUGACAGAUACGACGCCCCGAGCAUAAACUUACAUUUUCCAUUUACUUUUUCUCAUUUGAAUUUACUUUGACGCACACGCAGAAAGACCAAUAUAUAUCGUGCAAAUUUUACUCAAUUUUGUCGCGUUCGCGGUCACAAACACAACGUUUGGCCGACUAAGUCACAACCUCAGAUAGACGAAGAAGUAGGCGAAGGUAACCCUUUCUAGUACGCUCUCAACAACUAGUAUGUUGGCCGCCCGCGGACAAGUGCGAAACCUGGUGCAGCGCGCUUCGGCGCAGGCGCAGGCAAAUCGGGGCUUCGCCACGAAGGCCGCGGUGGCAGGUGCUGCCGGCGGGAUCGGGCAAAGUUUGUCCCUGUUGAUGAAACUGGACCCGAAUAUCGAUCAAUUGGCGCUGCUGGACGUCGCUCCGGUCGUCCCGGGCGUUGCUACCGAUAUUUCCCACAUCAACUCGCACUGCCAAGUUGCAGGCGGCUUCACCGAUAAUGGUAAGUUUAAGGAGUUCCUGUUUCAUCUUCAAUUCUACCCCCAUCUUUCUUUGUCUUAAUUUCUGCAGCUUGCUGCUGCUUGUUUUUGUUUUACGAAGAUGCAUUGCUGCAUGAUUCAUGCCUAAGUGAUCUUGAUGGCGACGCGCCUGAUGCAUCCUCGGGAUGUAGAAGUUCUGCAAAACGAUAAAUGAAAUCGAAAAUUUUUCUUAGACGCCGCGCUGAAGGAUUGCAAGAUCGUCGUGGUUCCGGCCGGCGUGCCACGCAAGCCGGGUAUGACGCGGGACGACUUGUUCAAUAUCAACGCCUCCAUCAACGCCGGGCUGGCUGCCUCCUGCGCCAAAAACUGCCCCGACGCCAUGAUGCUCAUUAUCAGCAACCCGGUCAACUCUAUGGUGCCCAUUUGGGCAGAAGUGUUGAAGAAGCACGGGUACUACAGUACUAGCGACGAUUCCUUUUCAUAGACGAGACGUUGAUCCAGGCAGUGGUUUGAAUCUUGAUGUCAUCUUUUUGCGCUACAAAGAGAAACGACUUGCAAAAUAUGAUUCAUCAUUCCGACAUUCUCUUUUUCAGACGAGGAAUUUUCUUUACCAGUACCACCAGUCACAUGCCAGAAAACUACACCAGUUGGUCAUGCCAAAAAACUACACGACCAGGUGCUACGACCCGAAGCGGUUAAUGGGUGUGACAACCCUGGACGUGACCCGGGCCAACACUUUUAUGGCGGAAAAGCUCGGCACAGACGUGAAAUCCAUGAAAGUUGAUGUUAUCGGCGGGCACGCGGGGACGACCAUUCUGCCGCUCCUGAGUCAGGUACGUGCUAGUUUAUCGCAUCUUCAUCACGCGGUUCCCAGAGCGUGGUCACCAGUUCGCAUACAACUUGUUCGCGAGCGUGGUGGUCACGCGGCCUAUUAAAUGUAUGACCGGGCAGCAGCAGGCUCGCGAGCCUGUGAGUCGAGGCUGAGGCUGGGCGGUUGGUAUUUUAUACCGACCAGACCCAGUAUCUAUCCCGGUAGCCAGGACCUAGAUAAGAUGAGGAUCUGCGUCAGGCCCUCGGGUUUGACGUUUUUCCUUUUUCUUCCUUGGUCCCAGGGAGUAACGCCCCUGCCUUUGGUAGUUGUCUGUCUAGCUGUGUACAGCUGUUUGGAAGGGAAGAGUUGCCAUUCGCCCUCGACCCGCGUCUGUCUGUCUAUCUGUGGGGGAAGAGGUGUUAUUCGCCCUCUGCCUGUUGGUCUGUUUUUCGGGGAGAGGAGCCAUUCGCCCUCGACCCGUGGUUGCAGAGUGUGGAGGCUGCCAUUCGCGCCUCCACUGCUUUUUGCAGCUGAUCCCGGAUCCUUUUGGCUCGCGCGAGGUCGGCUCUGUGGCACUGGCGGUUUGAACCCGUUAAACCUAAGAGAGGCGGAGCGAGGGACUUAGGGGCCCGGUUUGGUUUGUGGUUUUGGUUUUUCGCUUUGGCCUGUCUCCGCAGAUUGUUGAAACCUUUGCCAGAAUUUGGGAGCGCGAUGCUCCGACUUUGGUCCUUGGCGGAGAUUACGAGGGGACUACUGGCCCGAUUGAAGACACCCCGGCGGCGUACGCCGGCCGGGUUUGGGAUUGGCUGCAGGGUGUUGCCUUUGCUCGUCUCGAAACCGUUGCGGCCAGCAAGCAGCCGGAGGACAUCGAUGGGAACGCCCGGAAGCGCCCCCGCGGAGAGGGCGGCGGGCCCUGUGCUGUGUUCCUGCAGCACGGCAAUUGCGGGCGCCGUGGUUGUAUGUAUUCCCACAAGCCCCCCGAGUCCCUCGAGGAGAUGCGGGAUUUUGUCCGCCGGUUUUCCUGGCGUUUUGAUCCGGUUCGGGCUUGGGAAGUUCACGAGGCCAAGAAGAACAGCUGCGGGGCAAGUAGUUCGACGGCGCCGCCCUAGUUUGUUCCGGAUGGUGACCCGCGGGGACCCGCCGGGGUCCGUUCUUGUUGUUUUCUCUCUGUUUUUCACCUCUCGGUGGACAUUUGUCGUCCAUGAGGUGCUGUGCUAUGUAGCUACUACUCUACUCUCUGGGUUGCUCAUGAUAGAUCGUAUCUAGCUCUAGAUAGGUUCUCGCAUAUGGAUUGUUUUUCCGCCUUCUGCGGAAGGCUUGUCGGAAGGAUGUUGUCUCUGCUACUCUGGUGUUCGCUGGAUUCUUCCUUUCGGUCCGGGUUUGCUUCAUUCUUCUUCCCGUUGGGGUCUCUUCUACGUCCGCCGUCGUCACGUCCGCGUACUCCUCUAUGGGGCACGGUUUUGUCCCCAAAUUCAUCUACUCGGACCAGUUCGCAUACAACUUGUUCGCGAGCGUGGUGGUCACGCGGCCUAUUAAAUAAAGCCUAAAUAAAAGUAAAAUUGGUCCGUACUAUGUAUACUGGAUUCCAGUCUGACCUUUAGUUAUCAAAUUCAAAUCUCAUUUUCCAAUCUAGGUUCCGGGCACCAGCAGCCUGUCCCAGGCGGACUUGGACGCGUUGACAUACCGCAUCCAAUUCGGUGGGGACGAGGUCGUGAAGGCGAAGGACGGCGCGGGGUCAGCCACCCUGUCCAUGGCCUACGCCGGUGCGGAGUUCGCCGCCUACGUCGCCCGGGCCCUCAAGGGCGAGACCGGGCUGAAGGCCUGCACCUACGUGGAAAACAACCUCACCGACGCCGCGUAUUUCAGCACCCCGGUCACCCUGGGCCAGGGCGGGGUCGAGGAGGUCCACGGCUUCGGCGAGCUGUCGGCCAUGGAAAAAGCCAACUUCGACGCCAUGCUGCCCGACCUCAAGGGCCAAAUCGCCAAGGGCGUCGAGUUCGUCAAGAACAUGAAAUAGAGGGGUGGCGAAGAGGCUGUUUGGGCGGGUCCCAUGUAGAAUCGCCGGUCAAGUAGACAACAUCGUUUCGACGUGAUGCGAGAUCGCAAAACCAAGAGUUGUGUUUUCAAAGUACUACUUGUAGAACAUCAGGACUGCUUUGCGACGCUCUGUCUGACUUUAGACUCACCAUUUCUUCGACUUCGUUUAAAAAGAAUCCAUCUAUAUAUCGCAGGCCUAGCCGUUCUAGUUGCGAUUUGCAUUUUACUUUGCUGAUUCGAAUAUUUUUCUCGUGGCUUUGCCCUGUUGUAAGGAAAGGGGAUAGGUCAAUGUUUCAGAUUGGUUCUCGCAAACACCAUACGUAUCAAUCUACUUGAGGAUGUAACUACCACCUUGCACAGAUGGAGUUCCAUCGAUGCAAUAGGCAUAGCGAUGUAAGAACUACUUAUGCGCGAUCGAAUACUUUUUCAAUUGGGUGCGAUACUUAAAUUCUUGGAAUGUCCCCAUAAUGGGGCGGCGCGACAUAUUUCAUUUGGGACGAAAACUGAAUUGUUUGAUAUUUUCGCAGCAAACAUGCGACGAAGAACAGGGUUGAGCAAACACAUAAAUGAACCAGAAGAAUCUACUCAGCUGUUGGAGUUCCUCGAGUCGAGCGAAGGUCUAUGUUGUGCAGUGUGAGUGAGGUCUGUAGUUGAGGACAUUCUACACGAAUGCUGCGGCUGCCAGCCAGGAGGUUGAGUUGUAAGCUAAGUGGGAAAACCUCAAUUGUAUUCUUAGAUGAGUUAGCGCGACGGCUGUGCCUGUAGUUUGUGUUUACUAGUUCGCUUUUCCAUGAUGCAAGGUAACUAGUCAAAUGCUCAGCUGCGCCAGCAGUAUGACCGAUCGCGCUCCCCUGCAAGAUGUUCGCCGAAAGCCGGAGGCUACGAGAACAUUUGCGCGAUGAAGCUCUGGGCUCAUCCGCUUGCGUUGUCGACAGAGUGGAACUCGCGCGCAUUUUUCGGUCGCAGGCGACGAGCGGGG